ACUCCUAUCUCCCUUUCUAUUUCCCUCGCCCCUGUUGCUGCCACCCUCUUUACUACUAAUAUGUAAUGGUGCAAUCCAUCGGGAUUGCCUCUUGAAAUGGGAGCGGGAGCUUCGGCCAAGAAACGUGGAGCGGAAGGCAAAUUGAAAGGCGUUGUUCGGGGAAAGGGCGAUAAAAAAGCCGGGGUAGCCGAGAGUAAGCGGUCGGCCGUGGUUGGAACACCAGGAGACGCUGGCGGAGGACAAAAGGGUGCGCAGAGCGAAGAAACUUCCGAAGCAUUCGAGGGAGUAGAAGACGUCCUAUGUCGACUCGCCCAGACACACCCGACCCAGACGCCGGAGCGCUGGGAACUUAUCACCCAAAAGUUGAAUCGCGCUAUGAGGAAUAAGAAAAUCUCCGCCCAGCCCAUGAAGGAUAUAUUUGCAAAGGAAGGUCUAUGCAUCCCACAAUGCUGGGUGGCCGAGAAGGCUCAAGCCGAAAAGGACCGAGCUCUGGCGCGAGCUCAAAAGGCAGCGGAGAAGAAGGAAGGUGCGUUGGGUAGGAUCUUAUUCGGAAAGAAGAAGAAGAAGACGGCCGCCGCUGCGGUCGCCGGUUCAGACCGAAAGAAAACGGGAGAGGGCCAAGCGGUUGGAGAGGUCACAGCGGACGAAGCAAACGAAACCGACACUGAGACGGAGUCCGAUGAGAACGUUGCAGACGACCCUGCGGCAGGGACAGAAGGAGGACAAGCAUCGGUAUAUAAGUACAAGGCUCUCUCGAAGUACGAGGUAUUCUCCUUCAUGCGGAGGGUUCAUGACCGAGCCGGUGCUGCGAUGAUUAGCACGGAAGAAGCCGUCGAAGAUAUGCGUAAGGCCAAAAAGAUGGUUGACACGCUAUAUGAGCACCUUCCUGUGCAGACGUUGAAGGAGAUUUCGCAGCAGAACCGGAUCAAUGCUAGCCUGAUGCAGGACUCCGUCGCAUACGGAGAAAUUGAUAUAUCUCAUUUUUUGAAGGUGAUGGUGAAAUUGAAGCGAAUUCACGGAAACAUGAUGUCUGUAGGCGGAAGUUUUUGGGACCUUGGCUCCGGUGUUGGGAAGUGCGUGAUCGCUGCUGCGAUGAUGCACAAUUGGGAGUCUUGCUAUGGCGUUGAGUGUCUCGAGGAUUUACGAGCAGCAGCGAGGCCCACGCUAGAGAGAUGGAGGAAGGAGGAGGUACCCAAGCUGCAUAGCGUCAAAGCCAAUAUUCGGGUGGACUUCAUAAACGCCGACGCUAUGAAGCAAAAAGGCUGGGUGGCGGAGGCUACUCUCCUUUUCGUGCACACCAACUUUUCGGCGAAGGAUAUUAUCGAGAUAAAAACAAAGGCCGAUGGCAUGAAGAUCGGCGCCAUCGCUUUAUCGGUCUCGCUCGCGGCAGUGAACGAGGACAAGUGGGGGUUGCUAGCCGUGGAGCAGAUAAAGACUUCGUGGGGGUCUGCGAAUCUCUACAUACACGAAAAACUUGCAGCCUGA